CGCCACCACCACCACCCUUCCCCGAGCCACCUGCCCAUCGCCUCAACGCCACUUCCCGAGUGAUCGGUCAUUCCUGAAUCACCGUCGUUCAACCGCCAUCGCCUGCUGUACUUCGUCGCAUUCCUCCCCGCACUGUAAUUUCCUGAGCCUUGCGCAUCCUGCAGUCUCCCUCCAGUCGUCUUUCGUCUUUCCUCCCUCGCUGCUCCUAACCCUGGCGACUGGCGCCCUCGGCAAGACGAGCCGUAUGUAGACACAUAUAACUUUAUUAGUGUGUAAUAAGGUCCUAACGCGUGAUGCUAGCCGCGCGAAGAAAGCUGCCAUAUUGACUAGCUUUUUCACGGCUCCUCAGUACUAGCAAUCCAAUAGAAAUUGAACAACUUUUUCUAUUGAAACAACGAAUCCGAGUCAUUCCUGAUGUCGCGUUUCAACGUCGCGUGAAGAAACCUGUCCACCCUGGGUACCAAUGCCAGAGCACACGGACUGUCAACAGCGCGAUUUUGUCGUCUUCGUGAGGUUAGGCAUUCUGCUCGCCUUCGUCAGCCCAGUGCGACGCCGUCGUCAGCCCAGCGCGAAGCCGUGACGCGGACUCGGUAACGUCGCGCCGAGCGAGGCCGUCGCGCGAUUUCACCUGAAAGUUGAGAGUUGGUUGGACGGCGCGGCGAGGAGGGGAGAGGAGAGGCGAGGAGGCGCGAUGGCGGGGAAGAAGAAGAAGGAGGGCGCGAAGCUGAGCGCCGUGUUCCACGCGUGCGAGUUCGCUGUCGCUCUCGCCGUCAUCGCCGCCGCCCUAUGGGCCAUGAUGAGUCCGCCAGCCUCCUUCUGUCUGCUGGUGUACCAGGCGCCCAUGCUGGUGGCGGGCGGCGUGCUGCUGCUGGCGGCGCUGGUGGGGCUCAUGGGGCUGGCGUGCGACCACGGCGGGCUCAAGUGCCUGCACGUCACCCUCGCCAUCCUCGCCCUUCUUGGCCUCCUCGCCUUCAGCAUCUUUGCCUUCAUCGUGACGGCAGGGGGCGCGUCCAGCAGCAGCCAUGGGCAGACGGUGUACGAGCCCGUGGGCUUCUCCUCGUGGAUGCAGCAGCAGCUGGGCUCGUGGUCCUCGUUACAAGCAUGCCUCGCUAACACCGUGCACGUGUGCUCUGACCUCCGCCAGUACACACGGGACAAGCUGCAGGGGAAGCAGAUUUCGCCGCUAGAGGCUGGUUGCUGCCUGCCCCCUGACGGCUGCCCCGUGAGCGUGGCUCAGAACAACGUCUACGCCUUCGCCUUCGCCCUCCCCAACGCCCCCACCGUCACCACCCCCACGCCCGCCAACCAGCCCGGCUGUAACGCCUUCAGCAUCGACCCCGCCACGCUCUGCUACAGCUGCCCUCUCUGCCAGGGGGGGCUGUUAAAUCUCCUGCAAUCCAACCUCAAGAUUCAGGCGUAUGUGAGCACGGCAGCGGCAGCAGUGCUGCUAGUCCUCGGGCUCGCCAUGUGCUGCGCCACAUGCCAGGGCGCGGAGCCGCAUGAACUGAGCGAGUCGGACGGGAUCGCCCUGGCGAGAGCGCCCACGUUCGUGAUGGUGGAUCCCACGCUCGAGCGCACACUCACCCGGGUGAACACAGGCGUGGGGGGGGCGAGCUUCAAGCGAAUCAACACCAUGGCGAGUGCCGCCGGGGGAGGAGGGGGAGGGGCGCAGUUUGAGCGCACGAUGAGCCGCGUGGACAAGGGCCCGGCGAAUGGGCCGGGCGGUGCGAGCUUCCAGCGUGCUCUGACCUUCCAGAGCAUGGCGAGCGCGGAGUACAAGCGGCAGAUGAGCCACGUCAACCAUGGGGGAGGAGGGGCGGGGGGCGAGGGGAUGGGGGACGAGGAGGACGGGUAUGAGAGGCCGAUAUUGAACCGGCAGAGAAGUAGAGUGGGUGCCGGUGGUGGGGAUAGGUCUUCAGUCUUGGAGGAGGAUGAGGAUUAUGAUGGGAGGACGUACAACCGGCAGAGAAGCAGGGUUGGUGGUGGUAGUGGUGGUGGUGGGAAUAGAUCAUAUGAUGUGGGGGGAGAUGAGGAGUAUGAGCAACGGGGGCACUCGAGGCAGAGGAGCCGGGCGGGACGGAGCAACAGGUCCAUGGGAGGAGAUGAGGAGGAGGAAGACAGCCUGACGCGCAACCAGACAUGGGGGUCCGUGAACAACCCUAGAGGCACACCUCCAGAUAGGGGCGGGGCACGGACGCCUGGUAGAGGGGGAGGGGGGGGAGGAGGGGGAGGAGGGGAAGGAGCAGGGCGCGGGCCGUCCAUGAGUCGUUCGCGGUCAGGACAUCAUAGAAGCAGCACAUGGGGGGAUAAUGAGGACCCGGAGCAAGGGCAGGGGCCAGUGAGGAGGGUGGAGGUGGGGAAGAGCACCCCUAAGAGGAAGCAGAAGCCGAGGAAUCAAGAAGCAGCAUAUGAGGAUGAUGACCAGUACCAUGACGAGUACGUUGAUUUGUAUGACUAAGUACUGUGGCCUAAAUUAUUCCAAUGUCGACCCACAUUGCACAUUUUGUUUGUAUAUGGAGACAUUUCAGAUUAGGUGUAUCCCUAAGAGGCUGUAGAUAUUCAAUAAAU